AUGUUCACCUCCCUCGCCACCUCCUCCACCCCCCGCGCCGUCCUGGUCGCCCCCGCCCUCCUCUACCUCCUCUCCCUCGGCUUCAUCGCCGCCCUCUCCCUUGUUGCCGCUCACCCUCCCUUCAUCCAGCUCAUCCUCGUCGUCGUCCUGGGCCACAUCUUCGGCGUGCAACUCCACGUCGUUCAAUGCUCCAGCACCCCCGCCAAGACCCAGACGACGCUCGCUGUUGAGUUGUCCUUUUCCGUUCCCUCGUUUGCUGAUCUCGCCCCCUCUUCCUUCUUGCCUCGCGCGUUCGACGCGUCCAGGGCGGCCGUCAAAGCUUUCCGCGACGUCGUCAUCGAGGCCCUUUCCUUCGCUGUCAUCGCCGUCUACGUUUUGGCGCAAGUCGCGAAGACGGCGGCGAUGUAUGCGGCGGUCUUCGGCUUGUGCGCGCUCUUUGGCGUCGCAACGGCGGCGCAUGGGACGUUCGUCGCGGUUGUGCUUAUCGCAGACGCGCUCGCUCGUCCCGUCGACGCCAGCGACGACGCCAUUGCCGUGUGCACUCCUCGCCAAGUCGCCGCCGACAUCGCCGUCGUGGCCAUUGAAAGCUCGAAGGUUUUCAACACCGUCCUUGCGAUCACGGCCAACGCCGAGACCGACGACAACUCCGACGACGUCGAAGACACCGCGGAGUCGUCUGGAGACGACGAAGACGACACGGAGUCGACUGUAGAUGAAGCGCUCCUUACUCCGGCCGACUCUAUCCACGAGUUCGAGGUGGAGAUCCGCGAAGACGCUUUGAACGUUGAAGAGGACACUCUCGACGAGAGCGACAUCUAUGGCGGACUGCUCAAGCUCGUCGAGGCGGCGGCAGCGUCCGAUCCUUCGUGCGCCAACGACAACGACGUGGCGGAGCUCCUACUAGCUAUGGACUCGCUUGCCCUCAGCGCGCCCUGCACUUUCGACAGCCUUCCUGACUCUCCCGCUGAAGCAUGCCCCACUGACGAUGUCGACGCCUUCUUUCAGCUCACUGAACAACUCGCCGAAGCCACCCCUCUGGUCAUCAAAAUCGGACCUGCCGACAAUGAAGACGUCGACAUGGCUAUCCUGCUAGCUUCCCUCACUUUCUCUGGCGACCAUUCUCCCUCCCCUUUGGAAGGUCCUUGGGCUGCUCUAGACAUGAAUGUCGACGAGUGCGAAAACCCUGCCAUGGACAUUGAGAUCCCGUGUACCAUGGAUGCCGAACCAACUUCUACCAGCUCUGUCGACUCCGGCAAUAUCAACGAUGAAUCUCUCGCUGUGGACUGCCUCAUGACCGACGAAGAGAUCGAAUAUUUUGCUUUGGAACUCGACACAAUCUUGCAGGCCGACGCUGAGGAGUCCUCGCCUUCCGUCCCCGACGACUCGAUGUCACUCGACGACCAAGACGCGGUCAUGGCUCUUCUCUCCCUUGCAACCUCCACCCCUCCCUCCCUCCGCUCUUCCUCCUCCGACAGCCCCAUUCCCCUCCAUGUCCCUACCUCUGAGGAGCUCGACGCCGUCUUCCAGCAAGCUCUGACCAAUUGCGCCGCGGUUGGGGUCUCUCCCCACGACGUCAAGGUCGAGCUCUCCGAUGAAGACUACGAGCUCUUUGAACGCGCCUGCGUGCCUGUUGACCCCACCUUCGAUUCCCCGCUCAACGGUCUCUUUUCCCUCGCCGACGCCGCGGUCACCGUCGCCCCAAUGGACGUCAAGUCCGAGUCUAGGGCCAAACCCUCCUUCAGCGACGACGACGCGGCCCAGCUUCUCCUCGCUUUCAGUUCGCCCUCGUCUUCUUCAACCGCCUUCUUCCCUCCUCCUGUCGUGGCCCAGUCCGAGCCCAAGUCCGAGUCUACCCCCGAGCUCUUCCGUGAGAACGACGCGGCCCAGCUACUCCUCGUUCUAGGCGCGAACGUCCCUCCUCCCUCAGAUUUCUUCGCGCCUCCCGCCGCGGCGUCCAGCGAGGACCUCGGGGUGUCUUCGGACGCUGCUGUCACUGAACUGCAUAUGCGGAUCGUGACGCGGCCGAUGAAGGCGCUCCCCCGUUCCCGCACGCUGCGGCGGAGUGCCCGUCUGGGGGGCAGUGCGAAGUUGUUGUAG